CUCUCUCACUGUCCAACAUCUGAUUCUUUUUUCUCUCUCUCUAAAACAAACAAACCUUUUCAUCUGCUCCUUUCAUGUCUUCCAAACAGUUUCUGUCCCUGCCAUUUGCUCUCGCCAGGAGACCUUUUCUGCGCCACCGCUCGCCGCCGACCAUGGCCACCACCUGCUUCUACCAGGCCAGACCCCAACCUACUCUCCCCGAAACCGACGACGACGACGACGACCGCCUCUUCGUCAAAUACUGCCGAGAUCUCGCAUACCCGCCGGAAAGAAAUAGUAAGAGCCUCCGUCCGCCGCCGCGCACUCAGAAGGAUCAUAUAUGGAAGACGAUGAACAACGAAGCCAGGUCCGAUGUCGAAAAGGAGCCCAUACUGUCGAGCUACUAUUUCAGCGCAAUUCUAGGGCACGACUCCAUGGAAAGCGCUCUCGCGAAUCACCUCGCCGUGAAAUUGAGCGAUUCCGCCCUCCCCAGCGGCACUCUCCACGACCUCUUCCUCGGAAUCCUCUCCGACGACCGGGAAAUCAUUCCGGCGGUGGCGGAGGAUCUCAGAGCCGUCAAGGAACGCGACCCUGCCUGCAUCAGCUACGUCCACUGUUUCCUCAAUUUCAAAGGCUUUUUGGCUUGCCAGGCCCACAGAAUCGCGCACAGCCUCUGGUCCGCCGGCCGGAAUAUUCUAGCCCUAACAAUCCAAAACAGGGUGUCGGAGGUCUUCGCCGUCGACAUCCACCCGGGGGCGAAGAUCGGGAUCGGAAUACUGCUCGACCACGCCACCGGAGUGGUGGUCGGCGAGACAGCUGUCAUCGGAAACAACGUGUCGAUUCUGCACAACGUGACGCUCGGCGGGACCGGAAAAAUCUCCGGCGACCGUCACCCGAAAAUCGGCGACGGCGUUCUUAUUGGGGCGGGGACUUGUGUGUUGGGAAACGUUAGAGUUGAGGAUGGAGCGAAGAUCGGUGCAGGGACGGUGGUGCUGAAGAAAGUUCCGGCGAGAACGACGGCGGUCGGAAACCCUGCUAGAUUGCUGGGAGGGGAGAAUCCGGUGAAGCACGAUAGAAUUCCGAGCUUGACGAUGGAUCAUACUUGGCAUGUUUCUGAGUGGUCCGAUUAUGUCAUUUAGAGGGCUGUCGGAAAAUUGCUAACUAGUUCCAUAGAUAUAUACAUAUAUUAGUCUAGGGAGAGACAGAGUGACGCCAUGGAUGUUCUUGGAGGAGAGAAUCUGCAGUUCUUUCGUCUUCACAGAGUGAUGAGAUAAAAUCAUUGAAUAUUGAUAAAUAAAUAAAUAAAUAAAUAAAUAAAGCCUCAUUGAGUCCAAAUUAGGUUCAUAUUUGAUCACACACACACAUAUAUAUAUACAUAUAAUAAUGUUAUUUACAUUGUGAUUCUUCAUGAAGGUCGAUCGGGUGUUGUAGCAAAUUGACGGUGAAAGUGAAAUC